AUGACGACGGCAGCAGUGUUCGGCUGUACAGGAGCAGUGGGCUCCCAAAUUCUCGCCACACUCCUCGCCAUAGACACAUUCUCACCCGUCAAAACAAUCUCAAGGAGACUACCAAAUGUCCAGUCACCCAAGCUCGAAGCCAUCAAAGAAGGCGACACUUCUAAAUGGGGCGGCAUGAUCUCCUCCUUCUCACCCAAGCCGUCAGUCGUCUUCAACGCAGUCGGCACCACAAGAGCGGCAGCCGGUGGACUCCAGAAUCAGUGGAAGAUCGACCACGACUUGUGCAUCGAAAACGCCCGAGCAGCCAAGGAGGCGGGAGUCAAGACGUACGUGUUCAUUUCGGGUGCAGGCAUUAGAGGCUUUCUUGCUCGCUACUUGCCCUAUUCGAAGAUGAAGAUUGGCGUGGAAGAUGCCAUCAGAGAACUUGAUUUCGAGCAUGCUAUUAUCCUGCGGCCUGGUAUGAUUAUCGGGAGGGAGAACCCCAAAGCUGCGCUAUUGGAAAACAUCGUGGGGAGUCUGAAUAAGCUGGGACUGGGCGUUCAGGACAAGCUAGGUCAAGAUCAGACUGUCAUUGCCAGAGCAGCAGUAGCAGCUGCCCGUAUGGCUGAAGAGGGGAAAGCCCCGUCGAAAUAUUGGGUGGUGGAAAUGAGCGAUAUUGUCAAACUAGGCAGAGAUGAGUGGAAGGAGUAG